UUCCUUCAUUUCCUCUGGCUAGAAGAAGACAACAGCAGCAACAGUAACGGUUAAGGGGACAAGGGGACAUAGAAGCUACUAACCCCGAGGAUUUGGAUUAAAUCAAAACAAGUCCUUUGUGAAUUUUUCUUACAAUUUAUUUUCGUCCUACAAGAAUCUUUUCUCUGAGGCUGUAGAAAUGCCCCUCUCAGGAACUCCAGCUCCUCCCAACACGAAGAAAAAACCCUUUAAAAUCAUUACUGACCUCUCCAACAUCACACAAAUUGAGGAAGAGGAAACAGAUGCCACCGAGUUUGACCUCGGGACUAAGAUUAAGACUCCUAAGGAGGUGAUGCUGGAGGAACUUUCUCUUAUGAAAGGCAAAGGCUCUAAGAUGUUCAGAAUGAGGCAGCAGAGAGUGGAUAAGUUUAUCAUCAGUGCUGAGAACUUGCAAAAUCUCCAGGUCCUGGCACCUCCUGUAAACUGUGAAAAGACUCCACCCAAGACCCUUCCCAAACCAGAUCCACCGAAAGAAGAAGUAGAACCUGAGACUGAGCAAGAGAAGAAGACCAGUGAGUAUAUUAAAACAUAUGUCUCACCAUGGGAAAAUGCUAUGAAAGGCGACGAUGAGCUCAAAGCCACGCUGAAGCCACAAAUGCCGGGGCCUCAUGUGCACAAAGACCUGCCCCAAUACAAGAGCUUCAAUAGAACAGCGCUGCCUUUCGGAGGAUUCGACAAGGCUUCUCACCUGCUGACCUUCGAGAUCCCUGAGAUCAAGAAUUCUGAAGAACCAGUGUCAGUUCCUGUGUUCCAGUGUGACAUCGACUCUCGACCAUCUUUCAACCGUACUCCAAUUGGCUGGGUGUGCAACGAAGAGUCCAGCUACAUUCCCCUGACCCUGGAACCCAUCUCCUCCGAUGGAGAGACUGAAGACCUCUGAGAACCCUGUCCUGCUGAUUCCUGCAGCCUGUAUCUAGCUCAGUUCAUCUUAUAUUGUUAUUGUAGUGUUGAAAAUAUUUGCCAAAACUCUUGGGUAUUGGCAGCUAUGAAGACAACAGCCAAUAAAUUUCAACAUUACUUGUAUGGUAAUGUAAAAAUGAGAUGUAAAUACAGCUAUGUACCAUACGUAACAAAGUGGAGCCACAUCAUAAUCUGAGUAUGCUUAAAAAUGUCAAAAAAUCUGAACAUGCCAGAAAACUUGUAUUCAGUACAGCUAAUGAUCUUUCAAUACAUAAAUAAAAGGUGUUCUAUUAUAUAGCUAUAAA